AGUACAACUAUGUAAGACCGUGGCAACAUGGGGCAUGGGGGCAUUGGAUCGUUCGGCAGUGUCCGCAUCCGUCAGUUUCAAAGAUACUCUCGUAGCGUGCGGUAUAUCUCUCAUAGCUCGCGUUUUUCCGCUGCAUUUUUGAGAGAAUUUACGUAAAAGUUCCCAUUAAAAAGGCCCUUAAAAGGAGAAAAGUUUGCCGUAUAAAAAAUAAUUAAAAAGUGCUAAGAAACGCAAAGAAAAUACAUAAAUAAAACAGUGAAGCCUUGCCAGAGGAAACCAUAAACGAGGGGCAUUGCCAGGACAAAGAAACCGCAUGCUGUGUGCGCGUGUGUGCGUGAUUCCGUCACGGGCCCUCUAAUUGCAUUGAUUGAUAACCGUUACGACUGUCGUCUAUCUGUUUAUUGCUCAAGGAAUUUCCCGAUUUCCCCAUUGAAAUCUGGGUAAAAGCAGUGCGAAAAGUGUGACCAAAGUGCUAAAGAAUUCAAUAAGUGAAGGCAGCAGUGGGCCUCCCCCCCCCCACCACUGUGUGUGUCAGCGUGAAAAUUCAAGGAAUUUUCAAUUAAUUUAAAUCAAUCACAUGCUCAUACAAAAGUCCCAUCGACUGAAACCAAAUGAAAACCUAAUUAAGGAUUAAUUGAAACUCUAGAGAAUUUAAACAAAGAGUCGGCAACACGAAAUACCCAUACAUAUAUUUAUGGCAAUUAUUUGUCCCGGAAAAAGGCGCCUCUUUUCGAAAACAACCAUCACGAAUGCCUUGAUUUUGAAAGCUAUGAUAUAAUUGGCAUCUGCCAGACCAGACAUCCCACUGGAGGAGGACAGCAUAGCACAGGAGAGGACAGGACACUUCUCUGAUCUCCCAUCCGCACGAAGAAACCCAUUAAGCAGCCAAGAUGUGCAAUAAUUGGUGGUAACACCGCACUCGCCGCACGCAGGACAACAAAUAAUUAUCGAACCCAAGUAGCAACCGGAAGCAGCGUCGUCGUCUAUUAGCAGCGCAUACAAAAUGGCCGACCACACAGACACCACCGCAACCACAACGACAGCGACAGCGACAGCGACAGGAAGGAGCAGAGCCGUGCCUGUGCGGCUGCUCCUUCUGCUGGUGCUGCUCCUGCCACUGCCACAGAUACGGGCCUUCUGCCCCUCCAAGUGCCAGUGCCUGGGCGGCGAGGCCAACAGCCGGGCUUUGUGCGUGGAUGCCGCCCUGGAGGAUGUGCCCAUCCAGCUGAAUCCCGAGACCAAGUACAUCAAUCUGACGCUCAACCGGAUACGCAACCUGGAGUUCUCGCUGCCGUUCUACAUGAAGCUGGAGAUACUCGACCUCUCGCAGAACAUCAUCGAGACGCUGGGCUCGAAGAACUUCGAGUACCAGUCGGAGCUGCGGACGCUCAACCUGAGCAGGAACCUGGUCAGCUCCCUGCACAAGCACGCCUUCAAGGGACUGACCAAUCUGCUGCUGCUGGACCUCGGCUACAACCGCAUCGAGACGGUGCAUCCGACGGCCCUCGGCGACCUGGCCUCGCUGGUGGAGCUCGACCUGACCAACAACAAUAUUGUGAGUCUCGAGGACAACUGCUUCAAGGGCAUGGCCGCGCUGGAGGUGCUCGUGUUUCGCAACAAUCGCCUGCUCGACGUCCCGGCCAGCAAUCUGUGGCAUCUGCACGCCCUCAAGAGCCUGGACAUGUCCGACAACCUGGUGGAGUUUGUGCGCAACGACAGCUUCGAGGGACUGAAGGAUCUGCUGGCCCUCAGCCUCAGGGGGAAUGUGAUGAGCGAGCUGGAUGGCAGCGCCUUCGAGGGGCUCAUCUCGCUGAAGCACUUGGAUCUGGCGGAUAACAAUCUCACGGCGGUGCCCACACAGCAGCUGGCGAAACUUUCGAAUCUCACCUAUUUGAACCUCGGAGGCAAUCGGUUCGCCCACCUGCCGGCCGUGGCGUUCCUCAACUUGUUUCAUUUGCGCGAAUUGCACUUGAGCCGCCUCGACUAUUUGCAGCGCAUCGAUUCGAGGGCGUUCGUGGACAACACCCACCUGCAGACGCUGCAUUUGAACUACAAUCCGCAGCUGGGCGACAUACCGAUGCGCCUGUUCCAGGGCAAUCCCAACAUCCUGGAGGUCUACAUGCAGAGCAACAGCCUGCAGACGCUCUUCUCCGCCCAGUUCCCGGUGGACCAGCUGCAGAAGCUCUAUCUGGGGGACAAUCCGCUGCAGUGCAACUGCUCGCUGCUGUGGCUCUGGCGGCUCGUCACCGGCAACUUCGAGGGCGUCGAUCCACCGCUGGAGCAUGCGGCGGGCGGAGCCGUGGCCGCCCUGGCCAAGGAGGCCGGCGACAGGGAGACGGAGGCGCAGGCGGAGGAGGACGAUGCCACCACGGCGGCUGUGGCGGAGGACGGAGUGGCCGCUUUGGCCGCCUACAUAGCCGAGCAGCACAUCGCCAAUGCGCUGCACACCACCGAGCCGAGUGCCUACGAGCUGGCGACCUCCGCCUCUGCCUCCGCCUCGGCCUCGGCCUCGAGCCGCAGCUCUGGGUAUCUGCGGAUGGACCGGCAGCAGAUCGGCUGCGACAUCUGGCGGGACACGGUGCGCACCCGGCGGCAGCUGCUCUCCAUGAGCGAGGGCGAGAUCACCUGCCCCGCCCACAUCGUGACGGUGGUGUGCGCCGUCAUCACGUGCCUCCUGGUGGCCAUGAUCGGGGUGAGCGUCCUCUACUACCUGCGCUUCGUGAAGCGCCGCCGGAAGCUGCUGCACGAGCGCGGGCCCCUGCGCACCAGCAAGAGCAUCAUCAAUGUCCACGACCGCAUCCUGCAGGGCCACCAGCCGCUGGGCAUGGGCCUGGGCCUCGGCAUGAGCAUGACCCUCGGCGGCAGCAACGGGGGCAUGGGCAUGGCCCUCAACUAUCCACACCACGCGCAGACCCUGCAGGCGCACCAUCACUACCACCAGGCGAUGCCGCUGCAGGCGCCCCACGGCGCCGGCGGGCACGGGGGGCACGGGGGGAACGGGGGGCACGGGGGGAACGAGUACCAGCAGACGACGCUGCCGCAGCUGGACAAACUGGAGCUGGAACGGUAUCUGGCGGCCCAGACGAUUGCCAACGAGUACCGGGCCCUCAAGCCCUGGGAGCUGCCCGUCAAGGAGGCGGACGACGAGCCGGAGCACCUGUACGAGCGGUUCGAUCACUACGAGUAUCCCGAUACUCAGACCAUGAGCAAGCUCAAGCAGGCGGCGGCUCUCUCCUCGGCCGGGGGCUCUCCCGUGCCACAGGCUGCGGCAGCCGCUGGCAAGCCGCAUGUCGUCUACGUAUGACGUGGGCGUGGCCAGGAUUUGGAUAUCGAAAUGGGAAUGGAAAUGGAUAUGGUGGGCCCCAGUCUCACCAACAACAACUAUCGGAGCUAUGUGCAGAGCCAGUUCUGAAAUGAGGGAUCUCUAGGAUCCCAAAACGACGACGACGAGGACGACGCCAUGGAAACAAGGAAUGUGAGGUUAUGGUUUGUUUAAAAGGGCAACAAAGUUUAACAAGCGUCAAAUGAAACAAGGGAUAUACAUGUCUACGAAUACGACUAAAAGAUACAGAUACAUACUAAUCGAUAGGCUAUAAGGCACACACACACACACCCACACACACACACACACACAAUUUAGCUCGUUUUUCACUCUCUGUCUCUCGCUGUCUCCCUCUCUCAUAGUUAAUGGCAUUCAGCAUUCGAAUACUCUAGAUAGCAUCUUAGUGGAUAAGCUCUACCUUAAAAGUGAAUUUAAACCAUAAUUAUAUAAUGAUAUAUAGAGAGAUGUAAGGGUACAGUUGUGCUGGGGGAAUGCAGCAGCGCCCCUCGGCUGGCAACAGACACAACUGUACCCGCACUCGGAGAGAUGCAUGGGGAGCAUAUUGUGGCAUUGAAAACAACCCAAAUGGGGACCAAAUAGUCCAGUCCAGUCCUGUCCAGUCCUGUCCAGUCCUGUCCUGUCCAUAAGCCAGAUCGAGCCACUCUCCAUGUAUCUUUCCUUCAGCAAAAAAACAAAAAAAAAACAAAAGAAUAAAAAUCUAAAGUGACAAUAUACAAAUACAUAAAAUAUAAAGCAUUAAAAAUAAUAUAUAAAACAAAGCAAAAUUAUGAUAAUUCUAGAUGUACGCGUAUUAUAUGGAAUAAAUGUAAUAAACUCAAAGUUGAAAGAAUUUGUAAAUAUAUACCACAGGUUACCCCCCCCCCCCCCGUCGCCCUUCCCCUACAUUACUGUAAAUAAUUAAUAAAUUGCCAAUAAAUUCCCUCUAUUUGUGUUCAAAUCAAA